AGUUCCCCACAGUUGGUUGGUGCGGAAGGUCACGUGAUGGCCUGCUCUCUCUCUCUCGCCGCCACCACCACCGCCACCACCACCACCACCACCAUCACUCUCACCUCUCCCGCUCUCCCGCAGCCGGCCUAGUAGUGAGAUCUGAGAUUAAUAAGUGAGAGAGAGAGAAAGAGAUUUGUGUGUAACUUCCUAAGGCGUUUUGUUGUUUAAUUUGUUUACUACUAAAGGAGAGAAAGAGAGAGAGAGAGAGAGAAAGAGAGAGAAAAAUAUUAUCGUGAUUUUUUCGGUUUAAUUUCUUAAAUUUUUUUGUUCUUUUUCUUUUUUUUUGUUUGUGUUUGAUUCGUUUGUUAUUGUUGUUGUUGUUGUUGUUGUUUUUGUUGUUGUUGGUUUAUGUCACACAAACAAAGUGCGCGUUUGAAAAUUGAGUUGUGAUUUUGUAACUGCACCGAGGAAGAAGAAGAAGAAGAAGAAGAAGAAGAAGAAGAAGAAGAAGAAGAAGAAGAAGAAGAAGAAGUAAUAUAUAUAUAGAGAGAGAGAAAAAAAAAAGGGAGAAAGAGGAAGAGAGGGUGGAUAAGAAAUUAUUCAUACCACUUAGUAACCUGAGAUAGAUAGACAGACAGACAGAUAGAUAGAUAGAUAGAGAGAGAGAGAGCGAGAGCAAGAGCGAGAAAAAAUUGAGAUAAAUAGAGCAAGAGAGAAAAAGAAAGAAGGAAGGAAGGAAGGGAGAGGAGAGAGAGAGAGAGAAAGAGAGAGAGAGAGAAUAAAAAAUAAUACAUGCAUAUAUGAAUCUUUUAAACCGUGCAUAAUAGAAAAACAGAAGAGAGAGAGAGAGAGAGAAAAAAAGAGACAUAUUAAAAAAAAAAACAAGAAGGAAAAGAUACACUAAAGAAAAUAUAAAAAAAAGGAGAUAGAGAUAGAGAUACACAUAACACCAAAACUGACGUAAAGAAACGCAAGAAAAAAAGAGAGAAAGAGAGAAAGAGAGAGAAAGAGAGAGAGAGAGAGAGAGACAGCGAUAGAUAAGCAAGGAGAAAAGAUAUUCAGCUGAUAACACUCGCUCCCAUCACCACCACCACCACCACCACCACCAUCACCACCACCACCACCACCACCACUGACAGGAGGAUGGAUACGACACUCCUGGCUACCACACUACUGCUGCUGCCCUGUCUUCACGCCGUGGCCGCAGGCCUGCGCAUCACCAAGGUGGAGGUGCCGCGCUACCUGAUCGUGGGCAAGCAGGCGACGUUGCGCUGCCACUUGGCGUUGGAGGGGGACGUGCUGUACUCCCUCAAGUGGUGGAAGGACGGGAAGCAAUUCUACCAGUACAUUCCACAGAACAACCCCCCCAAUGUGGUGUUCACCGUGCCGGGCAUCACCGUUAAUCCCCAACACGCGGAGCUGAACGAGGUGGAGUUGGUGGAUGUGCAAACGACUUCCACGGGGCAGUACAAGUGCGAAGUGGUGGCGGAGGGACCCACGUUCAACACUGACGUAAUGGCUGCUAACAUGACAAUCCUGGACACGCCAGACGAGCCUCCACGAAUCACAGGACUCGAGCCAAACUACAGGGACGGGGAGACAAUUGCCCUCAACUGCACCUCCAGCCGCUCCCGCCCCCCGCCGCCCUCACCUGGGCAAUCAACGGACGCCAGGUGGGGCCGGAACACCUGCUCACGUACCCUGUGGUGAGCGAGGGGAAGCCGCCUCUACACACCUCCACUUUGGGCCUCUCCCUCACGGCGCGCCCUCACCUCUUCGCGGGGGGCACCCUUGACCUCAGGUGUAGCGCCACUCUGCACGAGUACGUGUGGCGAAGCGACGUGACGGCCACACUAGACAAUGUGACCUACAGCCAACCACACCACCUGCCCACCCUCUCCAAGACCA